AUGUCCGCCCUAUGUCUCCACACUUCAGCCAACUUCCACGAUAUGCCAAACUCUCGACAUCUCGCCUUUCUGCGGAAAAUGCGUCUCCUCCGUACGUCCGACUUCAAGGUCAUAAGUUUCUUCGACCAAGACCUUCCCCCAUGCGCCAUUCUUUCCCAUACUUGGGGCAAAGAGGAAGUCACUCUGCAAGACCUACAGCAAGAAAGAAUCACUGCUUAUCUUAUUUCUCUAAAAAUACAAAUUGCCAAUGGCGACACUCUCCAGAAUAUCGAGCCAAUCAAGCAGGGCCUAGUAAAGAUUCUGGGCGCCGCCUCCCAGGCUGAAAAGGACGGCUUCGAGUAUAUCUGGUGCGAUACCUGCUGCAUCGACAAGACCAAUAGCACAGAACUGUCUGAAGCCAUCAAUUCGAUGUACCAGUGGUAUAAAGGUCGCCAUUGCUACGCGUAUUUGGCAGAUGUGCUAGAAUUCCCCAGCAUAGAUUAUGCGGAGAGAGACUCCGCAUUUGCCAGAAGUCGAUGGUUUAAAAGAGGUUGGACGCUGCAAGAGCUCAUUGCGCCGUCCUCUGUGGCCUUCUUUAAUGAAGCAUGGCAAUUCAUAGGGACUAGAUCAGAGCUUGGGGCGUUCAUAUCUGAAACUACUGGCAUUGAUAGAGCGGUUCUCGAUGGCGAGGAUCCUGGUCUAUCCAGUAUUGCGAAGAGGAUGUCCUGGGCAGCUGGAAGAAAGACUACUCGAGUGGAAGACAUUGCGUAUUGUUUGAUGGGCCUGUUCGGAGUCAACAUGCCUCUCUUGUAUGGGGAAAGAGAAAAGGCAUUCCUCCGACUACAAGAAGAGAUCAUGAAAAGGUCUGAGGAUCAUUCCCUGUUUGCAUGGAAAAGGCCACUCUCUACAUCUGACAAUGAACACUCCGGGUUGUUGGCGACCUCGCCAGCGGACUUUUCAGAAUCUCGUCACAUCAUCCAGUUUCUUCGGGAUCAGGACAGUGGCCAGGAGACACACUUUCCAUAUUCCAUGACUAACAUUGGUAUAAACAUAUCUCUUCCUAUGCUCCAAAUAGAGACCUUUAUCGUGGCAAACACUAAAUACGUCAAGACGUUCCUUGCUAUCCUGGACUGUCAAGACACAACCGAUACCCGUGGACCGCUUGGGAUAUACCUCAUUUGCAACGAACGAGGCUAUUACCGUAGGUGCCAUCUAAACAAGCUUAUCCCGGCUGGGACGAAUACAUCAAAGAUCACUGGCGGCGUCCGAACUAAGAAUCUGUACGUUGAGCAACAUGAAGUCGCCCCGAGGAUUGAAUCUACUGCGUUGUAUCAGUUCUACAUCCCGGGGCUGCCUGAGCGGAUGCUGCAAUACGGUGCAGUUUUGGAGGUAUUCCCGAACAAACGAAUUGCGUCUUGGAACUCUGAAACCGGCAUUCUCCGUUGUUCGCGUGGACUAGGUGGUGCCGUAUUCAUCGGUCGGGCAGAUGGAUUCGGCCGAAUAUUGCUUGUCGGUGUUGAUUCCCAGCUACACCCUCAGUGCGCGUUCGACAAAGCGACCGACCCCAACUUCAAAAGUUUCAUAUCAGAUGCUGGCUUCAAAACGCAUCGUGAAAUCGUUCCUGCGCUCGUUCAUUACCGAUCUUACGUUACACAGGGAUCGGAAAAACCAGAGAGAUUUUUUAUUGAAAGAAACUCGCAGUGGUUGGCACUCAAGGAGGUCGAUGUCAACAAAGUGCAUGGUUGGGACGAAUGGAUCUCUGAGCGAGAGGAUAACACAACAGAUAUUGAUUUGGGAGCCUGGGAGACUUCUACGAGACAAGAUUCUUGGUUUUUUCAAUCGAAGUUGGACAAGAUCUGGAAUAAAUUCGAUAUGUGGAUCAGUGCGGACAUCAAAGAAGAUGUAAUUAAGGGCCAGAAGAUGUUUUCUGUACGUCUAAGUAACGAUGAGUUCCAACGGAUCCUUCCGCGAUAGACGAUACAGGCUCGAAACAAAUGGUGGUAGAAGGUGGUAGCUUGUCCAGCUCAGGAAUCCGAGCAACGAUUCCCCAUCCUUAC